UUAGUGUAAUCACUCUCACUUAGAUUAGUCUUCAUCUAGUUAGCUGGGGGCUCAGUCAGUUUACCUCUAGCUCUACCCAGGGAGGGUCAUACGUUCGGUACUGGUUUUCUUAUUAAAGAUCAGUUGGUGAUCAAAUUCAGUGUGCAUAAAGCAGUUCUACGAACGAAUUCGCCGCUAAUUUGAGCUGGCUUUUUCUAGAAGACUUAAGUGUUUGGUGAUAUAUUAAGAUUCUAUCUUGGAUUUUCUUUUAAAAAAAAUGAAAAUUAUUACUUUGCUUGCCGUUUUCACGGCUGUUAUCCUAACGGAUAAAGUGUCGAGAGCUGAUAGUGCUGGAAAAGUGAUUUGCUAUUAUGAUUCUAGCAGUUUUGUUCGAGAAGGUCUUGGAAAACUCGUCCUUAAUGAUUUGGAACCAGCUCUAUCAUUUUGCACCCAUCUGGUCUAUGGGUACUCAGGUCUGAAUGCCGAAACCAACAAAUUGAUUUCACUAAAGGAAAGUUUAGACCUUGACCAAGGUAAAGGACACUAUCGCGUCAUCACCAACCUCAAGCGUAAAUAUCCCCAACUAAAGGUCCUGUUAAGCAUUGGAGGUAAUGUCGAUCUUGAAACUCCUGAAAAAUAUAUGACCAUGUUGGAGUCAAGUGGUGGACGAAUUGCUUUCAUCAAUAGUGCUCAUGCCAUGCUUAAGACUUAUGAUUUCGAUGGCCUGGAUUUGGCGUGGCAAUUCCCACCCAAUAAACCAAAAAAGAUCCGUGGAGCAGUUAAAUCAGUAUUCCAUAAGUUGAAGAAAAUCUUUGGAGGGGGUAAUACACCAGUGGAUGAGAAGGCUGACGAGCAUCGUGAAGAAUUCACGGCCCUGGUCAGGGAGUUGAAGAAUUCAUUCAGGCAUGAAGGAUUCUUGCUUUCAUUGACGGUUUUGCCAAAUGUCAACUCAACAAUGUUCUACGACAUCCCGGCCAUUAUCAACUACCUGGACUUUGUCAACUUGGCUGCCUUUGAUUUCCAAACACCUGAUCGUAACCCCAAGGAGGCUGACUACCCAGCACCAAUCUAUGAACUGAACGAGCGCAAUCCCAAUAGCAACAUCAACGCCCAAGUCCAAUUGUGGCUAUCGAAUCGUUGUCCAGCCUCAAAGAUAAACGUAGGAAUCCCAACCUUUGGACGUGUCUGGAAAAUGACAGAAGACUCGGGAAUCACAGGCGUACCUCCAAUUCCAGAAACUGAAAAUGAGGUAGCACCUGGACCACAAACUGGCAUCUCAGGACUAUAUAGCUGGCCUGAAACUUGUGCGAAACUGCUCAAUCCAAAUAAUGCCCAUCUGAAGGGUGAAGAUGCUCCAUUCAGGAAGGUUGGUGAUCCAACUAAACGGUUCGGUACGUAUGCCUAUCGUGUACCAGAUGAAAGUGGCGAACACGGACUCUGGGUCGGAUACGAGGAUCCUGACACAGCUGGAAAUAAGGCAGCCUAUGUUCGUGCUAAAGGUCUUGGAGGAAUUGCCAUUUUUGAUUUAUCUUAUGACGAUUUUCGUGGCACAUGCAGCGGUGAUAAGUUCCCAAUUUUGAGAGCCGCUAAAUAUAGGUUGUAAGAAUGAGUGUGCGAAGAGAUUAUUGUGACAGAGAUAGAUUAUAAAUAUAACCUUGUUGUCGAGAGUUUAUUAUUUUGUUUUAUGGAGAAUUUAACAUGAAUAAAUAUUAUUUACAAAGCUGAA